UUGCUUUUGUUUAAAACAACCGAACUACUCCCAAAAUCCCAGUUAGCUAAAUCUUUCUUCAAAACAAUGGCGUCUUCAUCUCUGAUUGGUAAGCUUGAGGCUGAUAUCGAGAUCAAAGCUUCUCCCGAGCAGUUUCACGACAUGCUGGCCAACAAACUGCACCAUGUGCCCCAUACCGCCAAAGACAAGGUUCGACAAUGCGAUUUACAUGAAGGUGAAUGGGGGAAAGUUGGUACCGUUUUCAACUUCCAUUACGUUCAUGAUGGAAAGGAUAAAGUGGCAAAGGAGGUGGUUGAAGUAGUAGACCCUGACAAGAACUUGGUGAGAUUCAGAGUGAUCGAAGGAGAUCUGAUGGAAGAGUACAAGAGCUUUUUGCUCACGCUUCAAGCUUUUCCCAAGAGCGAGGGUAGUGGAAGCAUAGUGCACUGGAUCUUCGACUACGAGAAGCUGCACGAAGGGAUUGGCCAUCCCGAGACUUUGCUACAACUCGGGCUUGACAUCUCCAAGGACAUCGACGCUCACCUCACCCAACAAAAGUAAAGGAUGUCCAUACUAUUACUGCUGCGUGAUGCAAUACUAAUCUGUUUAAUGAAUAAAUUGACAGCUGCAUAUCUUAUGUAUUUUGAUCUGAAUGUAUGUGAUUGGAUCGACAUGCUGUGAUCAGAGAGAGGGAGCUUUGUAUUUUCUCGUAUGUUUGUUGUUCAAUUGUGUAAUUUGAAUGUAUUUUGUGCUUC